AUUGAUCUUGUUUAAAGUGAGAUUGCAAGUUUCUUGUCCUGCUUAUUUUAAAUAAUUAAAUAUUAAUAAAGUAUACUUCUCGAAGUAGCAAAAUGAUUCAAAAAGGUUCGAUGUUUUUAAUAUUCAUGUUAUUCGCCAUUUUCGCGAUUACAUUCGCCGAAGAGGAAGAGAAAUAUUCUUCGAAGUAUGACGAUAUUGAUAUAGAUGAAAUUCUGGCAAAUCCAAAAUUAAGAAAUCAAUAUCUAGAUUGUUACCUGGGCAGAAAACCUUGCCUCACUGCAGAUGCGAAAUAUUUCAAAGAUAAGUUUCCUGAAGCUAUGGCAACAAAAUGCAAAAAAUGUACCGAUAAACAAGUAAUAUUUUUCGACAAAGCUGUAUCUUGGUUCACUGAAAAUGAACCUGAGAAUUGGAAAAAAAUUGUUGAAACAGCGAUUCGGGAUGCCCAGAAUAAAGAGAAAGAGUAAGACUAAUAUUAAACGUUGGUAGAUCACUGUGUUAACGAAUGUAGUGCUUUAGUUUCAACAAUAAUUUAAUAUUCAUUUAAUAAAUUAUUGUGUAAUUCUUUUGCACUUUUAAAAUCUUCUAAAAU